AUCACAAGAAAUAGUGAAGGAGAAGAACAGAAUAGAAUACUUGAAAUAUAUCUAGAUUAACAGCGCCACCAUACCGAUAAUAGGGACGACUCCUGAAUCAAGGCGCAAGGAUUUUUAUAUAAUCGAUAGUGCACACUACAACCCCGUUCAUCCAAGAAAUUCUAGUUGAUAUCCUGUGGGAUAAAGGUAAACAUACAUUUUUGCUACUAUUACAUUUUCUUCGAGUGUUUCUUCAUAUUGCAGAUCAAAGGAGUUGAAAUCAAAUUAUUGCAGACAAGACUGAUUCCAUAUCCAAAAGCCGAAGUAUAUUGAGAAUUUUACUGGACAUCUUGAAAAAACAAAGCUGGCGCCUUUAGAUACAAAACCCACAAUGUCUAACCUUUCGAUACGCAGCUCAGACAACCUCUCUAUAGAAUCUGACAAUGAGUCCAGUAUUCCUGGCGAUGAUUUACCUGAGGAUAUCUUGGAGGCUGCGGAAAUUGCUGGAAACGACGAUGAUGUGCCUUGUAGUCCGCCACCCCCAUAUGACUAUGUCUUAGAGGAAAAGUGCUCCGACUAUAACUGUCUCGAAGAAGAAGAUAAUACGGCUUCUACUCCAACAAAUGGACCAGUUAUCGUACAUACCUCGAGCAAGGAAUUCUACAAAGCUGUUGCUAAACAGUUUGGCCUAACCUGCAAAAUGUCUGACGACUGUAGAUGCUACGAAUGUCAGAGUCACUAUUUCGACUGUUCGGAUUAUUUCGAACGAAAGGAACAGGAGAAAUCUGAUGGAGGUCUGAGCGCUGGUACUCCAAUGUUCAUCAACGAGGCCAUGCAGGGGAGCGUAUGCAACAUCCUUUAAGUCAAGAAUGAAUCCUAUGGUGAUUGGAGUUCGCGCUCCCAAAGUCUGAGCAGAAAAUAGAUUAUUUUUGGAAGAGUAUGUUUUAUUGUUCCUUUUCAAAUCACCAGGGUGGAUGAAAGAACUAAUCGAAAAUUAUUUGGACCAUAGAACCAAUUGCAAAAACAGUUCCUUUGUUGAAAUUAAGAAGGUUAAUCAUUUUAAUCUCCAAGUUCAUAAGUCGAAAAACUUUUCAUUCACCCUGUAAGUUCUAGAGUUGGCAAGAAUUUCCGUAUUUCAGGUAUUCACUGAAGGAAUAAUUUCUUAUUGAUUUCUUUUGAAAUUUCAGUCGUGAAGUUUGUGAGAUAGCAAAAAAGUUAACACACUCUCUGGGAAUCGUUAUAUAUAAUUGAUGUACCUAUUUGAACUGAACUUGACGAUAUAUUCUUGCCGACCUAGUAUAUUUUCCAACUGAGUACACGUCAACAAACUGAACAAUAGGAAUGGCACAUCAUUAAGAACCAAUUUAUAACGACUGCGAUUAAGCACAUAAAAAAAAGAAAAUAAUUGUCAGAAAAAGUACUUAAGUGUCAUUAUUUCGAAGUGAAUUGGUACCUAAAUAACCAAAUUUGAUGAAGCCUUAAUUUCUUCGAUUUGAAGAGAUGUUUUUUCUUUUCCAAUAAAUAAUAAUUAUAUUUGUAACAAUUAUUAAAAUAAACUUGAGUGAGGUACCGAUGAUCUGGCACUAAACGCAGUUUGUUCAGUGUUUGUUGGCUUCUCACAUGAUCUAGAAAAAGAAUUGAUGUGUACAACAGAACUGUCUACUUAAUAGCUUUAAAAAUAUUGAAUCAAAUGUACUUAUGUAUACUUAUAACUGUCUAUGUGUCUGAAAAAAAAAUAAAUAUGAAUUUGAAGCAUUCCGAUAAUAUCAAAUUUGUUAAGUGUGUUAUGUUCGUAUUUUCCGUUUUUACGAGAGCUUAUCGGAAUCCUCAGGUAGAUAUGCACAUUUUUGUGAGAGCACAGGAGAAUUUGAGCGUUUGGUUAUGUUUUGUGGUGUUGUAUUCGUGAAUUUAUUCAGUACGUCAGAUCGACCCUAAUGGUUUUACUUGUGUUGAAGAGAUGUGGGAAAAAAUUUAAUGCAUACAUCGUUGUAUACAGGGUGUUCCAUAUUCACGAUAUUGUUCUCUGUUUGUAGUAGGAAUGCUCCUUUUAAGGCCUUUGUCCAAAAAUGUUUCGUUUACAAGAUACAGAUCGUUGAAGGUAUUCCAAAUUGGUAAAAGUUUUUUCAGGAUACACCACUUUACAGUGAAGAAAUUAAAACUGUUUGUUAUUAAAAAAAAAUCGAGCAGUCGAAGAACUUUUCGAAUUACAAGAAUUCUUGAAAAUGGCAGCCUUCAGCUAGGAUAUAAGUGACAGUCUUCUCAUCAUAGAUGGCUGGGAAACGACUGCAAAUAACUCAGAGAUUGAUAUCCUGAAUUUGCUCGCAAUGUUUAUGAAACACUCUGUAUAGUGUUUGGCUUUAUUAAGCAAAAUAAUGGAAUUCUUCACCAAAAUAUAAUAAUAAUGGCCUAGAAAAUUUUAUGAGACCAUCAAUGGUUUAUUAAAACUGAAUAUUGUUUUUUUUUACUUUAAGAUAACAAUGAUUUCGUAUACUUGAAAAUAAAAAAGGAGUUCAGUGAAGUUUUCCUCGAAAUACCUUGAUGCUAAAUAAUGUGGCACGAUUGUUAUUCUGCCAUAUGAAAUUUAAUUUCAUUUUUGUACAAUUGAAGGAUUGCAUCCUUCAAAAUGGGAUAUUUAUUGUACCUUGGAUCUGACAGACAGCAUUGUUUUUAUCUUCUGACUUUUUUUUAGUAACGAAUAAACUGUAUACUUCGAACGAUGCCUUUGAAUUUGUUAUGUAUAUUUUGUAACUAUUUUAGAAAUAAAUGUGUAGGUGUACUGCAAAA